GAUGUAGAGAUUCACAAAGUCAAGUUCUACACAGACAGCAAGAUCGUACUGGGCUACAUACAUAAUGCGUCCAGAAACUUCUAUGUCUACGUGGCAAACAGAGUGACAAGAAUAAGAAGGUCCUCUACCCCAGAGCAAUGGCACUACAUCAACACCAAACUCAAACCUGCAGAUCACGGAUCUAGGUCUGUCUCAGCGGCUCUCCUACCAGAUACCAACUGGCUGACAGGUCCAGCUUUUCUAAGAAAUCCAGAAGUGGAUGAAGUUCCACAGCCAGAGGCAUUUAACCUUCUGCAUCCUGAGACUGAUGUAGAAGUUCGCCCUCAAGUUUCAACCUAUGCUACGAAAGCCACAAGUGGACUUCCUGGCUCUCACCGGUUUGAAAGAUUCUCCAGCUGGAAAUCUCUUACUCGUGCAAUAGCCAAGCUUGUCCAAAAGGCUAGAGUCUUCUGGAAAACUUCAGACGGUAUCCAGAGAAAAGAUUAACUCAGUCAAGCAAGACUGGUCAUAUUGAAAAGAACACAACAAGAUGUGUACAAAGAGAAAAUGAAAAGCCUAGCAAAGGGUGAAGAGUUGUCUCGACACAGUCCGCUCAAGAGUUUGGAUCCCAUCCUUGACGAUGAAGGAUUGCUGAGAAUCGGAGGUCGGAAUUCAUCAGCAGACAUGACCUGGGAAGAAAAGCAUCCGAUCAUUCUUCCAAAAGACAAUCACAUAUCUACCUUGUUGGUACGAUACUACCACGAACAAGUGGCCCAUCAAGGCAGACACUUCACUGAAGGCACAGUUCGGAUAGCUGGACUGUGGAUAACAGGAAGUAAGAGACUUGUGUCAAGUGUGAUAAACAAAUGUGUCACCUGCAAAAGAAUGAGAGGAAAGCUCGAAGAACAGAAAAUGUCUAACUUACCUGCGGAUAGACUUACCUUGAAUCCUCCUUUCACGAACGUUGGACUUGACGUCUUUGGGCCUUGGACCAUCUCAGCGCGCAGGACAAGAGGUGGAUAUGCUGGGCAGUCAUGUUCACCUGUCUGAGUACACGAGCGGUACACAUCGAGCUCAUAGAGACAAUGUCAACCUCCAGUUUCAUUAAUGCCUUAAGGAGAUUCACCGCCAUCAGAGGGCCUGUGAGACUCCUGCGUUCCGAUCAAGGCACAAACUUUAUUGGAGCUUGCAGAGAACUGCAAAUAAACUCUGAAGACCCGAAGUUGAAAGCUCACUUACAGGACAAAGGCUGUACCUGGAUAUUCAAUCCGCCACAUUCCUCUUAUAUGGGAGAUGUGUGGGAAAGGAUGAUCGGCAUUGCACGCCGCAUUUUGGAUGCUAUGUUGCUUAAAGACAACUGCCGCCUCUCCCACGAGGUACUUGUGACACUCAUGAGUGAAAUCAUGGCAAUCAUGAAUGCAAGGCCUCUAGUUCCAGUAUCAUCUGAUCCUGACAUGCCAGCAGUUCUCACGCCCGCAAUGUUGCUUACUCAAAAGACUGAUCCAGCAUCUGCUCCUCUAGGGAACAUGGAUCUGAAAGAUCUCUAUAACAAGCAAUGGAGGCAAGUUCAAAGUCUAGCCGAAACUUUCUGGAAACGUUGGAGACAAGAGUAUUUGAGGACCCUUCAGCCCCGCAAGAAGUGGAAGUCAGAAAGACCAAACUUGCAAGUAGGCGAUGUGGUACUUCUCAAAGACACUAAAGGAAAGAGGAAUGAGUGGCCCACCGGCAUCAUUGAGGAAACCUUCCCCAGCCGUGACGGAAGGAUUCGAAAAGUGAAUGUGAAGAUCAUCAAACAGGGUAUCCCUAAGGUUUAUUCCAGACCCGUUUCAGAGGUCGUACUGCUCCUCAGUAAAAAGACAUAGUGGUAUCUUAAAAUACCAGACGGGGAGUGUUAUGCCCCACAAUGUUAUUGUCUAAGACACCUAGUGGUGGAAAUCAGUUUUGCAGUUUGUGUUCUAAUUUGACCCUCCUGUCUUGCCGUAGCCAGCUUAGUGUGGGUGUGUUUCAGAGAGCAGUAGAGAACAGUUGAGAGCAGAUGUCAAACAAACAGGACGUACUGCAGGCUUUUAGCUUUCUUUUCGACUUUGAAGACUUUGAAGGUCUAAACCUGUAAGUUUAUGUGAAUGUAACAUGCAUAUGUAUAAUGUGACACAUUAUUUGUGCAUUUUCAGUUUAAGACUGCUUUAGUAAGAUAUUUGUGCCCAUUGUUGAAAGCUAAUUACUGGCAGCAUUUUGAUGGUUUGGAUGCUAUGUUGUAUAUAGAUGGAUGCUGAAUGUAAAAUGUUUGUUUAUUUGUUUUUGUUCACAGUUAUACAAAAUAUACGAUUGAUCCUUCACUAAAAAGA